AUGAAUCCGGAUACGGCUGCGGCCUUGAGAGAUGUGUACAAUGAAUCACAGAAAAUUAGACGAGAGGAAAUGAAAGGAAAAACAGUUAUACAACAUCUGUGGCACGAACUAAGUGAGAGUGGAUACAGCAAAUGGCAUCGAACAAAUCCUGCUGGUGAUGCAGUGCAAGACGUUAUGUUUGCGCACCCUGAUUCAAUAAAGCUUUUGCAGUUAUUUCCAUACGUCAUCCUGAUGGAUUGCACGUACAAGACUAACAGAUAUGAAAUGCCUCUUUUGGAGAUCAUUGGGGUUACUCCCGUGGGAAUGAACUUCACUAUUGCCGUUGCUUUUAUGUCACGUGAAGAUGAGGACACUUAUGCAUGGACAUUGCGAUGUUUGCGAGACAUAUUACCAAUCGGGAUAGAACUAGAAGUGAUACUGACAGAUCGUGAGUUGGGCCUACUGAAAGCAUUGUCAAACGUGUUUCCACAUUCGCAUCACAUGUUAUGUUUAUAUCACAUAAACAGAAACGUUGAGGCAAACGCGUCAAAAUUCUUGGGUAACACCAAGUUGGGUGUACUGUUCCGGAGGACGGUGUGGGCAAAGUUAGUCGAAUCUGAGACUGAGAAAGAAUACGAAUGCAACUAUAGAGAGAUAGUUAGUUUGUACGGGCAAUAUCCGAAGUUGAUAACUUACAUCAAUGAAACGUGGUUGAUUUAUAAGGAGAGAUUUGUUAAGUGUUGGACCAACAAUAUCGUUCAUUUCGGUAACACGACGACUAACAGGGUAGAGAGUGCACAUCGUGCAUCGAACCGUUGGAUCCAAACAUCGACUGGAGCUAUGGAUACAGUUCAAAAUGCACUAGAUGCGCAAGUUGACCUUCAAAUUAAUGAAUUGAAGGUGGAAAAUGAAAGCAGUAGAACAGUCAGGAUGUACAGUACUUCACUGUCGUGCUUCGGUGCUUUGGUAUGUAACGUAUCACACAAAGCACUGGACAUGUUGGAUAAAGAGUACGAAAAGUUGGAAAAGAAUCCAGAUAGUUGCAACUGUUACCUAAGCCGAACCCACGGACUCCCGUGUGCGUGUAUGAUUGCAGUUAAAAUUGUUGAGGGAGAUACUUUUUAUCCGCAACAGUUACAUCCAUUCUGGAGAACGUUGGUUGUCAAGCCGAAGUCGGAUCCAUGGGAGGACGAGGAGGAACCGUUUGAUCGCACAGUUGCAAUUAAGAAAGUUCUUCUCGAUGAGUUCGAGAAGUUAUCAAACAAAGAUUACAUGUCCCUAAAAAAUGCGGCCGACUAUUUACGGGACCUAAAUAAUCCUUCUUCAACGCAUUUACAAGAGCCGUCAUUUGUGAAGGCCAAGGGACAACCUAAGAAUAACUCGAUGAAGAGGAACUUGUCCGGACAUGAGCACAUGAUGAAUCGGAAAUCCGAAAUUAAAUCUUCUUCGGGCUCUAAGGGUCGCAAAACCCCGAGCGAAAGGAAGCCAGAGUCAAAAUUUGAAGCUGGUACGCCAGAGUCAAAGGUUAAAGGUCGUCCUCGCGGACGUACUAAAUCGACGGAAGAAUCAGUUGUUACUGCCAGGGACCGGGUCAAUUUCUUUUCCUUCAUUCCUCCGUUUCUCGCACAGUCCGUAGCCUCAUAUGUUAAUGUGAGGGCCGAUGGAAAUUGUGGCUACCGGUGCAUAGCCGAAGUUGUUUACGGCAGUCAAGAGAGAUAG